AUGCACAGAAGAAGCAUGAACAGGUUUUUAUUCUCUGAGGUGAGUGCAUCCGACCCAUCUGUGCGAGCUGUGUGGACUUCCAUCACUCUUUCCCCCUGGUUCUCAAUCAUGCCUGCGAAGCUGACUCUGCAGACCAGUGGACUUCGGGCAGUGCCUCUGAUGCUGGUGCUGAUGGUGCUGGGCAGCCCAAUGACUGAUGGAGGGGACUCUCCUAAGGAUUUCGUGUACCAGUUUAAGGGACUCUGCUACUUCACAAACGGGACGGAGCGGGUGCGGCUUGUGACCAGAUGCAUCUAUAACCGGGAGGAGAUCGUGCGCUUCGACAGCGACGUGGGGGAGUACGCGGCCGUGACGGAGCUGGGGCGGCCGGACGCGAAGUACUGGAACAGCCAGAAGGACAUCCUGGAGCGGACGCGGGCCGAGGUGGACACGGUGUGCAGACACAACUACCAGAAUGAAGAGCGCACCACUCUGCAGCGGCGAGUGGAGCCCACAGUGACCAUCUCCCUUUCCAGGACUGAGGUCCUGAACCACCACAACAUGCUUGUCUGCUCGGUGACUGAUUUCUAUCCAGACCAGAUCAAAGUCCAGUGGUUCCGGAAUGACCAGGAAGAGACAGCCGGUGUUGUGGCUACCCCUGUUAUUAGGAAUGGGGAUUGGACCUUCCAGAUCCUUGUGAUGCUGGAAAUGAUGCUCCAGCAUGGGGAUGUCUACACCUGCCGCGUGGAGCACCCCAGCCUCCGGAGCCCCAUCAGCGUGCAGUGGAGGGCACAGUCUGAAUCUGCCCAGAGCAAGAUGCUGAGUGGAGUUGGGGGCUUCGUGCUGGGACUGAUCUUCCUGGGACUGGGCCUUAUCAUCCAUCGUAGGAGUCAGAAAGGGUCUCGUGGGCCUCCACCAGCAGGGCUCCUGCACUGACCCCUGAGGACUGACUGGGAUUGGUUAUUGCUCAGCUGUAAGGCCUGCCUCGUCCUUGCCCAGAAUUCCCGGCCACCUGUCAGCCUGGCUGCCUCUGAGGUCAGGGUCCUGCAGUGACUGACAUGGCCACCAGGUCGGCUCCUGUGACCCCUGCCCCAAGAUCCUGCCUGUGCUUCUGCUUCCAUCACUGAGCCUGGAGCCCCUGCCUGUGCUGCAGCUGCAGCCACUCAGACCCCAAAGGGUCUUUCUGUUUCUAUUCUCCCUCCACAGACCGCGCGAGACACACAUCAAAACUGUUCACCUGAGAAUAGAGCUUUUGACAUAAUUAAACAUGACCACAUGUUAUGUGUA